ACAUAGAAACAAUGUCUCGGUAUUCACGGUGUGGUCACGCAAGAAAUAGUAACAAAAAGCGAAACGAUUUGUGUAAAUAGUAGAAACGCAGUAAGCACGAAAGCGAAGUAUACUAAAGAAAAUAUAGUUAUGAUAACAUUGUCCUAAUUGCAUACAAAGAACGUCGAUUAACUUUUCCCGCUAUUUCGUGCUAAUUGAACGGUAAUAGCUACAGGUCACCAUUGUUUUUGAGUCAUUAUUUACUGCUAUAUAGGUACACGGAACAAUUCAAAUGUAUUGCUAAUAAUUUAUAAAAAUGUUUAUUUUUCUUGUGCAAAGUCCGCAAUACCGGUUCAGCGAUAGAGGAAAUACAAUAAUAAAAUAUUCAAAAUAUCACCCCAUUACAAAAACAUACAUUCAAGUUACUUUAGUGCAUCUUGCUCCUUCUUCAUUGAUUAUAUUUUACCGCGUACUAUCGUAUUCUGCAAGUUUUUAAUAUUCGUAAUUAGAUCCGGAAUUUUAACCGCGAUAACGUUCCAUACAAUCGAAUCCACCGCCCACAUGCAGUGACCAAAAAAGAAGAAAGGAACAAUGGUGGACCACGGAUUCCCCGGUCAGCACACUACUACCACAACAGUAACCACUACUACCACUACAACACAACCAACUAUUCGAUUUGAUGCUUCUUACACAAGAACAUUACCUGGAAUUCUUAAAGUUGCCCAAGUGGUUUUGAAUCUUUUGGGAUUCAUAUGCAUCACAGUUUCCAGUCAAAGCAGUUCCAGUCGUGGAGGAUGGUUCAACACAGUGGCAAUGGGUGGUUUUUGGUUCACAGGGAUACUGCUUGUCUUUUACCUGUUUCAUAUCAUUGAAAAAUUCUCAAAAAUUCCUUGGCUAAAAAUUGAGUUCAUAUUUUGCGCAAUUUGGACUGCUUUCUAUUUAUUAGCCGCUUCACUAGCAGCAGAUUAUGCUCGAUACGUAGAGGCUUUUGGAGUUGCAGCAUUCUUUGGAUUUUGUGCCAUGGUAGCUUACGGCUAUGAUGCCUGGCUGAAGUUCCAGGGAGCAAGGAGUGGUAUGUUAGCACAGGGUCAGCAUACUCCUAAACAAGUAUCAACAGUUGCGAGUCCUGCAUAUUAAUUUUAAAAUAGAAAGUUUAUCAAUGAAUCAUAAAAGUGGACCACUUUUGAGAUAUAUCGUUGCUUUUAUGAGAAGGAUUUAUAUCGUACGUUCCUUGUUAUAACAUUUAAAUGUGAAACGCUAACAAUAAGGCACAAAUUGACUUGAUCGAUUAACAACGCUAUCUUUUUACUUAAGUAUGCACGUAUUCACGUACAUACAUUCGAGUCAUCACCGAAUCACGGUAUUUAAUGAUCUUAUCUAUACUUGUAUAAUAAGGAGAUGAUAUACAUAUAAAAGACGCAUAUUUUGUAACCUCUUUUUCUUUAUAUAUAUUGUAAGCUGAUGAAACUGUACAUUACUUCGUAAGGUUUAAUAUCUGUUGAUAUUGAAAUGAUAUUUUUGAACAAUAUUUGUCUACACGUACAAGCAAUAUAAUACGUUCGAUCAGUA